AUGAAAUGGCACCCGGACAAGAAUCCCAAUUGCGAGGAAUGCCAGCUGAAGUUCCAGAGAGUCGCUAGAGCGUAUGAAGUUCUCUCGGACCCCAUGAAGAGGAAGAUCUAUGACAAGGAGCAGAAGCUGAUGGAAUCUGCGAUCAAGUCGAACACCGUCUCGAUCACAACCUCAAACUAUCACGAGCUGGUGAAGUCAGGGGACAUCUGGCUUAUCCAAGUCUAUGUGGAUUGGAAUGAAUUCUGCCAGCAUUAUGCGCCUGUGUGGGAGGAAGUUGCUUCUCGUCUCGACGGCGUGAUCUCGGUAGGACGAGUGAACCUGGGCCGAGACAAGGGGCUGGGGUCAAGGCUGAUGGGCAGCAAGGACACUGUCCCAUCCAUCGCGAUCUGG